GCAGGAUUUCAUAGACCGGAUCUCGAUCACUUUGACCGAACUCAGCCAAUGUUGUUUUGUGGAGUCUCCAUUCAUGGGUAUUCCCUGUAGGGUAGUAAUUGUAAAUCCCCACAUCUCGGUUAUGGGCUGAUACGAGGAGCAUUGUAUGACCAAUUGAUUCCCCAAAUGGUACUACUAACCUGCUACUGGUCUUCUACAAAUCGAUCAUCUCCGAACAAAGCGGACGUUCGAGACCGGGCCGAGAACCAGGUUGCAAGACAAUAAAAGAAUCCCAUAAAGUACCUUCAUAAGCCCGAAGACACGCGUCACCGUGCCAGCCCACCAGUGCACCCCCGUAUUCAUAAUAUCCCCUUCAUCCCCAGAUCAAGAACAAUCCCAACAAUGUACGCCCUAACGCCUCUCAAAACAUCCUCAAUAGUCUACACCAUAUUCGGAAUCCAACAACACUCCACAGACAUCCCCUCGCCGCUAAGCACCCAACUCACUGCCCUCCUAACACCACACCUGCCCCCCGGAAACACCUCAACCCUAGCCCACCCGGGCCCGGGCCCCCUAACGACAACAAUCCACCUCACCUACUGGCCCACCAAAGCCGACUACGAAAGAUGGUGGCACAGCGACCCCGUAAUGACCUUCUGGGGCUCCCUCCCGGACGACGCAGGCAUAUACCGUGAGACCAUCACCGUGGCAUCUGACAGAACCCAACACGCUACAAACAAGCCCCAGAACAUCGGGAUGGGUUGUCUGGGACCCUGUGCGCCCCUUGUGGAUAAGACUGGGUAUUGGGGUUGUUACUAUCACCGUAUCCCUGCGAUCGCGUCUGCUAGUGGUCCUGAAGGAAGGUUACCUAGUCCGUUAAAGGGGCCGCCGCGGAAGAGGGAUGGCACGGGGGACAUAAGACAUGGUCGAGUGCGCAUGACCCGUUUUCCGGAGAAUCUGUGCUUCGUGGUCGAAGGGCAAGAUCAUUCGGGUCUUACGGAUGUGGAACGGGAAACGUGGUUUGGGAAGUUUGAUGCGUCUGCUACGGGAUGGUUGAGUGAGUUACAGUCUGCGGGCUCGGAGACGGGGCUUUUGGAUAAGCGAAUGUGUUAUGACCCGCGAAGUGGGAGGUUUCGGGAUGGGGAGCCCGAGGAGUUCGGUUAUAAUCGCAAGGUGCAGCUGUUCUAUUUUCUGGAUAUGGAGUGUAUGGAGCGCAUGGGGAGGAUGAGUAAAGUGCAUGUGCAGCUCAGGAAGGACUUUUUGAAGGCUUAUGGGCCUGGUGGGGAGUUAGCUGAGACUGGGGGCAUUUGCUUGUGGGUGGAGACGAGUAUUUUGAAAGCUGGGGGCUUGGAUUGUGAGUAUGUUGGGUGUUGGGAUGGGACGGGGUUGAUGGGUUUUGAGUGGGAUUCUGCUUAGAGUCCAGGUUGAGGCGGGACGGUCUAAAGCUUCGGAUUGGUGAGUGGGGUUCAUGGGGCGGCGUAUAGGCGAUGUAUGCCCUGUACAGCUGUAUGUAAAAUAUUCCAAUUUCCUCUAUCAAAAAGAGCUCGGAGAAGAAAACAUGUACAUUGCCGCUCCGCCUAUAUAAAUCCCAGGUCUCUAUAAACGUCAAUGUCAAGCCAAAACUGUUCUAGUGCGGAAAAAAA